UAGUAGCAGGCGGGGCGGCUCGUGCUGGUCCCAGGCCAGCCGAAGCGGCAGCGGCUGCGGCGCGGGACAGUAUGCGGGGACCGCUCGACUCGGAAAGGAAAGAUAUCUAGGGAUUGGGAGUGAGCUUUAGAAGAUGGGAGGAGCCCUGAGAGGGAGUGAUGGGUCCUGCCGCCAUGAUGGUUCAGCCGCGUGAGCUCUGAUGACACUGCGCCAUGUACAGUGUGGAAGAUCUCCUGAUUUCUCAUGGAUACAAGCCAGCUCGAGAUGUCUCAGCACCGCGUGAGGACAAAUCAGAGGGAUGCCGGCCGACGAGGACAAGAACCCGAGCUGACCAGCGCCUGUUGAAUGGAUAUGAGGAUGGCCCUACAGCCCAUGCCCACAGUAGGACAUCCCUGGGGACAGGGAAUGUGAGCAGCUCUAAGAGCCGCAGCAGCAAGCCAAGAGGCCACGGGGAGAGCCAGAGCACUUCUGCUUCCAGAGCUCCUGAGGCAGGGUUUUUAAAUCAACCCUCUUUAGCAUGGUCCUCUCAGCCCCAUAUUGGUAGCGACCACACCUACAGGAGCAGAGGAAGGCAGGAGGGUUCCAGGGACCGAGAAGACGUGGAAAUCAGAGGAAUGGCUCAGGCGCACAGUCUACCCAUCCAUGUGAGAGAGAGUCCAUGGGAAGUCGCAGGAAGGACAGAGCAUGUGAUGAGAAAGGCCGUUUGGGAAGAAGAGCUACGGAUGCCAGCUCCUGCCAAGUGGCAGAAUGUGUGCCCAGAAACCUGGCAGCAGCCAAGGAAGUUAGGGAGGCAAGUGUCUGAUGGUGAGAGAGAGAAAAUGUUCCGGGAUCUGUACCAGUUCGUUCAAGGAGACCACAUGCCCAUAUCUCAGAGCAAAAAAAAAUCCCAGUCAUUGCCUCGAGUUCUUUCUCCGGAGAGCCUGAGUUUCACAGAAAUUCCUGUUCCGCUGCAUGAUGGGCAUUUAACAGGUAUCCCCAAAGCACCACCAUACCCUCCCAGUUGGCCACCACCUUCGGAACCCACAAAGAACCUUGAGAAGUCUAGUUCUUCAGGCCCUUUUCCCAGGCCUAAGUUCGGGAAACCCCUUAAGACCCAGUGUCACCGCUCUCAGCCACAGCCCAAGAGAGAAGAUGGAUUUCAGGACCCCCAGCACAGGGAGCCACGUGGCUCCUACCCAACAAGAAGUAAGGAUUCCAGGCUUGAGCCGGGUAUGCUGGAUACUGGCUUGGAGCCUCCAGUGUAUGUGCCUCCACCUUCAUACAAAUCACCCCCCCAGCACAUUCCCAAUCCCUACCUUGAAGAUCCUGUGCCCAGGCAUCUGAGCAGCAGCCAGAGUCAACAGCAGCAACUGCCUGAGAAGGCUGAGGCCAGUUGUCCACUUCCUUCUGGCUCCCUUGCAGCUAGGAACCUCUACAGUGCCACGCCUGGCUCUCCCCCUCAAGGUCGUCCUCCACACCCCUAUGUUGCCACCCAAGGGGCUUCUGUUCAGUACAUCCCAUUUGAUGACCCGCGGAUCCGACACAUCAAGCUUGCUCAGCCCCCGGAACUCUACGAGGGGGCGAAGCUUGACGACAGACCCUACAGCUCUCGCCUCGCUGCCCAGGAGCCAGCACCCCUGUCAGUCAGUGAGCAGAGCUCAGCCUUUGCCCGCUCCAGUCCGCGGUGGCUGCAUGGCCAUGUCCCCAUGGACGCUGAACAUGGAGGUUUCCCCAGCCAAGCAGAAGAGCUUGUCAUGAGAGAACUAGGGGCUGAUGUAAGAGACAGUCCGGCAGAAAGUCAUGCCUCCUCCCCACAGCCACAGAGUGAGGGUACCUGCAAAACCUACACUAAGCUCAGAAAGUUUGAAACUGGGAUUCAGACCAAGAAAAGUUCAAAGAAGAAAACCAACGCAACCAUAUUUUGUUUGGUUUCUGUCCCAGUUAAAUCUGAGUCACUUCUGCCAGAUACGGAUACGAACAACAAUGACUUGAAGCUGGGGGCCGAUAAGACGCAUAGACUAUGUCAGGGUGCAGCCCUGGAAGAGCAGAGUCUGCUGAGUAUGUCUUCCACCGACCUGGAGCUGCAAGCCCUCAUGGGAAACAUGGCUUGGAGAAGAACAUCCCCAAGGCAAGGUAUGGGGGAGCCAGACGACUUGAGUCAAACUGAUGACCUCAGAAUCCUCCACCUCACCAAACCCAGCCAGCUCCAGCCUCCUGGCUCAUGGCCAGGCUACCAGUGCAGAGAUCAGCAGACCCAAACCAGUUUCCCUGAAGACACCAAGAGCUCACUUCUCCCCCUUGCCAUAAAACCGGGAGAGCCCGGCAAUGCAGCCCUGACCCCAACAUGCCCAGAGCCCACUGCUUCCGAAGUAUGUGUGCAUGCAGCCUCAGCAUCUAGUGACCAAAAUCAGAAGCCCAGUGGACCUCACCUCCGAGGCCAGAUGUCCCUCAGCCCAUCUCGAAACAGUGCUUUCUCAAGGACUUCCUCAGCCUCAAACCAGGCAUCUGUGCCAAAAGGGGCCUCUGGUCAGCCUCCUAGGGCCAGCCCUGCACCCAAGCCAGAGGUGGUGAAGGGGGAGCCUACAGCAGGCCAGUGCAACAGCACACAGCUCUUCGGUCAGUUUCUCUUGAAACCAGUUAGCCGCAGGCCCUGGGAUCUGAUAAGUCAGUUAGAAAGCUUUAACAAGGAGCUUCAGGAAGAGGAAGAAAGCCAUGGUGCUAGCGGUGGGAGCAGUAAUGAGGGCAGCGAGGCCGAACAGCCCCAGGAUAGUGCUGACUCCAGAGCCAAGACCCGGAGCCGUGAAACCAGCCAGGAAAAGAGAGCAGAGCCGCAGCCUACAGCACCGGCGCUCGAGGCAGAGUUCCAGGCAGAGAGCUGGAGAGAGGAACCAAAACCUGGCUCCCCAAGUGCCCAUCCUCAGUCCCUGGGCCAGUCACGGGAGGAAGACAGCAGAGGCGUGCUUGUCCAGUGGGCGGAUGAAAGCCUGGGUGCAGAGCAGCGAAGCCAGGAGGUUCCGAAUGGGGUAUGUGAGCGGGACAUUAGCGUGAGUCCUCUAAACAGGAUGGCUCCCAGUGACACAGAAACAGCCCCCUUUUUCUAUCAGGCAGAACUGAGAGGAAGUCAAGAACUCACCAAAGUCAGCGAUGCUUUAGGGUCCGUGCAGCUGGACAGAGAGACCCCUCCAAAGGUGAAUACUGAUGAGGAAGGAGACACAGAGGUCCUCCUGUCUCUCGCUGACAAGUACCGAGGCCUCUCAACCCCAGACUUGUGGUCUUUGUGGCUCCCACUGGGACAAGAGCAGAGAGUCUCCAAACCAGAACCUCUGAGUAUAGAGAGUACAGUGGAAGUCUUCCCAAGUGAGUCUCUGCAGGAGAGGGCGGAGAGGAUCCUGGGCAUUGAAGUGGCUGUGGAGUCCCUCCUGCCAGGUGCCGGGAGAGGAGGACAGAGGCAGCUCCCUGAGCAUGGUGCAAGUGCCUGCAGCCCAGAGUCGUCCAGAGAGGACUCAUCUCCCAACUUGGCGCCAUCCGGGGGCUCCUCCGUGAGCACUGAUGCCUUCUAUGGCAGGAGAAAGUGUGGCUGGACUGAGAGUCCCCUCUUUGUAGGGGAAAGGGCCCCCCAGGCUUCUGUGUGCUCAGAUGUAGACGGGUUCCGGGGAAGCCAGGCCACCAGUCCUGAGCCUGAGAAAAAGGACGAGGAGGCAAAGGCACCCUUCAAGUCCACUCUGUUCCAUUUCAUGGAGAAGACUGCAGGCGCAGUAGGCUCCGAAAAGAGGCUCCGAAGCCCUUCCAAAGUGAUCGAGAGUUUGCAGGAGAAACUGGGGUCGCCCCCAAGGAGGGCAGACACAGAUCGCUUGGUGAGAAUGAGGGAGAUCAGCUCCUUGUCUCGGAUGAGGUGUCUGAGCUCCAGGAGUGAGGACUCCACGGAGGAGCCCGACCACCUAAAGGCCACCAAGAAUCAUGUCUCUCGGGGUGUCAUCCCGCAAGAAGAAAAUGGGCACCCGGAAGUGCUAAGGAAGAAGCUGUCUGAUCAGGACUUGUGGUGUGCAGAUUCGUAUGAUCCUAGCCGAGUGGAGAAGGUGUGACGGAUGCUGCUGGAGCCCCUGCCACCUUGGCUAACAGAGUGUUCUCUGUGAACUCUGGUGUCUCGUCCAGGCUAAGCUGGAAGCUGUGGGUUUUCAGUGUCUCAACUCCUCCUUCCCUGUCAGUGGGAAAUCGGCCAUCCCUGCAGAAUUGUGUGGAGCUAAAGCAUUGGGGUGCUGACAACAUAUGUCUUUAUAGCAUGGAUACAUAAUUCCUAUAUUUAGAAAAGAGUUUUCACAUCAGUUCCCCUUCCUGGUGGAUUAGGCCGAGUGGGUAAAUAGCUUGGUGUUAAUCCAGUUUUAUGUGAAAAAUCAAAUAUGAAAGAUAUGGUGGGUGAUUUUGAUUGGACCAUAAUGUCACCCGUUCCCUGCCGCAUCUGCCCAGCCCAUGCUCAUGUUUAGAAGUGUGGUCUGGGCAACUGCGUGGUAUUUGGACACAUACAGUUUUUUAAGGGGUAUGUGAGUGAGUGUGUAUGACCCAUUUUUAUUACUCGACCUUCGGCAGCGUGGGAUAACUUUAAGUAACUGCUACCAGCAGCUUCUUUGUGUUCCUAGGGGUCACACUCACACUGUAACUCACCCAGAAGUGAUUCACUUGGCACUGAAGCAAACAUGCCGCACUCUGCUUUGCACUCAGUCUUUCCUAGGUUUUACUUUCUGUGUGAAUGUUUAGAUAUUCUUUAUAUGAAAAAUAAUUGCUGGUUUAAAACAGACCAUGGUAACAAAGUAACUAUAUUUCUUUUUAUAAAAUUGCUAUUUUUCUAUGAUGUAUAAACAGUUCUUAGGUGGCAGAUUUUUAAGGAAGUACUAUUUUAUUUAAGAGUCUAUACCUGUGUGUGUGAGGGACCCAAGAGGACCCACCUUGGCUCUAAAGCUGUAUCCCUGCUCCACCCUCAGCUCUGUUCCUUGCGACUCAGUUUCACAGUAUUAGUGAGGACUGAUCACAAGCUCGUCAGACUCACAAAGAUGUUUUCACAGAUGGAGCUGUGGGCUUACAUUUUAAGUCACUCCUCUCCAGUUGACCAACAACUUCCUCGGCGUUUUGCAACCAUGUCAAUGAGACUUGCCAAAACUCCAUAGUUUCAUCUUGUAUUUCUGUGGGGAAUCUGCCCCAGAAAGAAACUUUUCUCUUGCCUGCCACCUUGCUCCUUUACAUAAAGAUAUAUUUUUGUCUAGAAUGAUCCUGAUGAACUAAUCUUGCAUAUUCUAACAAGUGCUUGGAAACCGUACCUAGGCAGCAUUCUCCACGCAUAUGCCAUGAUGGAAGGGUCAGGAGGCCCAGGGUUCUACUCCCGCACCUGCCUGCAUACUUCAUGCAUUUUCACCCUUCUGUCUGAGGAAGGUAUUCUUGCUAGCUAACAUUUUCCAAAGGUUUUAUCCCCUUCUUUCCUCUCCUCCCUCCCUCCCUCUCCUUUCCUCUUUUUUGUUUCCCUCUUUAUAUUAAGUUUUGAGACAUUCUGUUAAUCAGUUUUCAGACACGUCAGAUUCUUCCAGUGUGAGUCCAUGGCUGGUCUGUCCUCUGGCCCCGAGACAGACUUUCAUGGCCUUGUAUCUACAUAAUAUUAUUUUAUUUCCUAAGAACUUCACGUCUCUGGACCACACAGAGCAGAAUCCAAGUCCAUACCAUUGCUCCUGUUCAUCUUAGUCCAGAGCUUGGCUCUCGUGGAAGCCGGUAUGGGACUAGGUCUCCCUGGGGCAGCGGGCUAGCAGGUUGGUGAUGUGCAAUGCCUACACAUGCAGACCCAGGGCAUGUCCGUGUGCAUUCCCAUCAAAUGACCCGAUACCAUCUAAAGACUGUAGGAGAAACAGAAGGAUCCUGAAGGAAAGCUGUCGUGCCUUACGUAUCUCAGUCUGGAAUGGGAUGCUCUUCCGUUUUGUCUUGUUUGAAGACAUAUAUGUCAUGCUUCCCUGCAGCCAUUCAGUCAAAAUAGCAAAUAUUUAUACUUUAACCUCAAUUUUUCCAGAUUUAAGCCCAUAUGAAAAUUUUUUUUGGAAGAAAGUGGCAACAUUGAACUUAGUAACUUGAAAAUUUGACCUUUAACUUUUCGUAUCCAAGGUAAUGAAUAUCUGACCAAAAAUUGUUUUGCUGAGGUCUUGAGUCAAUACUGACCAUGAUUCCCUAUGUAAAUUCCACGCGUGCCCAUGACCGUUGGUGGAAAGUUUUUCGUAUUCUGUGUUUGUCAAUUGUUUUUCUCUUACACAUAAUUUGGAGCUUAUAAAAUUAAAAGUUAUAAUUUUGACCAUUUUAUCUAAAAAUUA